CUUCUGCAGCCACGAACAACACCACACCGCCUUGGACAACUCAGACCCACGACGACUCCAAUCAGGAGCUGCCCCUCGUUGGCGGGCUGCAGUCGCAUGCAGCGGGGUUCAAUAUUCGGGGCUUCAACUUCUAGCCCAUCAGAUGACGCCACGGACUUUUUGACCAAAAGAAAACCUGAUGGUUCCUGCCAGGGUCACAUCUUGGUUCCCAAAGAACUCUUAGCUCCCAUGCUUUAUGAUGUCGGCGUCUUGUUCCUGAGCAAGCGUGACUCGGAUAAGAAUGAGGCUCGCUGCCUCUCCUCUCUUGGCAGUGCUUUCGAAAUCUGUACCUCCAACAUCAUUUUGAAAAUGUCGACAAAAAGUGUCCUCUUUGCAGGCGUCCAGCUCUUGGUGGUGGUCUGCUCUGCGCAAAAGAACGAGUUCUUCCGGUGGAACACACCGAGGGCAGCUGGCCUGGAAGGACCAUCCCUCGAUCGUCGUCAGACAACUCCUCCUGGCUAUCAUCCCGAGUUUGGCUCAUGCGGUAGCGGUACAACUUGCGAAAAUGCCUGCGGUGCAAACUGGCUGUCGUGCAGGGCGUCGACGGAGCUGUCGUUGUUCUGCUACAACCAAGUGGAUCUAGGUCAAAGCUGUUGUGAGAAUGGCUCAGGGCGUGCCUGUGACCGUGGAUACUAUUGCGCAUGGAAAGAACUCGGCGGAAGAGUAUGGUGCUGUGAAGAUGGCCAAAGUCUGGAAGAAUGCGGUGUGGGUGAAGGGACCACGUCUGCACCCCCUUCAUCCUCCACGGCAACCCCCUCGGCGGGCCCAAGCGGCUCAACAGACACCACAACCACACCAACGGACACAGAGAGCGACUUUCCUACCGCAACAGACAGUCAGUGUGUCCCCUCCACCGUCACCUCAUGGGGAACAACCACCGUGGUCUCAACCUUUGAAGUGACCGUCACUGUUGGGACUGGCGAGUGCAACACGGCAUCAACUGUGACUUCCCCCCCAGGCAGCUCAUCCUGGACCGACACCACGAUAACGAAGCCACCAACAUCCCAAACAACUCACAGACCUACGAACUCAACGAUGACCUCGCCUAUCGUCACCGCAGGCAGCAGUGAUUUGAGAGUCAAUCUUGGCUCAUUGGCACUUUUUGUGCUCGGAGUGAUGCUGUACUAA